AUGAUGGUCACAUGGAAAUCUCUGCUUCUAGCAGUUCUUAUUGGUCUUUCAACAGCUACACCAACACAGAAUAUUAUCAUCGGCUACCGAACCGCCCAAGCUGCAAUCUACACCGAAGCCAAAACACUCGUCUGGUCACAACCAAGAGGUGGCCAGCAACUUGGAGCAGGUGUCUACCUCACGCCCAACCUCGGAGGGUGGCCAGGAGUUGAAGGAGAUUGGUAUUGCGUCAUUUUCGCCCAACGAACGGAGUUCGAUAAAAUCUCAAAAGCGUGGAUCCCAGAGUACAAUGCUUGCGAAGAAAAAUUAUGGUUUAGCAGGGGGGAUUUGAUUGAUGAGGAGAUAACUUCACUUGGAGCAAAGAGUGCUGAUACCACUGUGCGGCUUUCUAAGCUCUUUGGCAAGAAGUAUCAGCAUAUCAAACAGAUUGUCCUACCAGAAAAACUUCUUGACCACACGACGGAAAAUGGGAAAAAGGUAAGCCCUUUGGGAAUUUCGGUCAAAUGUGGUGCUUUUAUGAGUGAACUUCCAAAUGUCGAUGUGAGCAUCGAUACUUGGCCUAAAACUUUGGGCAAAGCUCAGUAG